GCUAUUGUGACAAAUACUUACUUUUAAUGUAAUACUAAUACAAAGUAUCAAAGGAAAUGAAAUUUAACAAAUUUUAUUUAUGUACAUGUAUGAUAGAUAUUAAGAAUCAUAUAUUAAUUAUUGAUUAUUGAUAAUGGACUCGUUGCAAGAAAUAAAAAACAAGGAAAUAUUUGUCGAGGUUCUCCAUUUGGCCGUUGAUUACUUAAUUGGAAAUGUAAACGAAAAGCAAACUCUUCGUUCUUCCCACAAGUUUGGUUUUUCAAAUCCGUACGAUUUUCUCUUAACGGCAAGCACCUUAGCAAAAUAUUACAGACAACAUUUUGUACAUCAACAUGUAUAUGUAGAAACUGUUCCUCAAUUUUCCUGUCUGAAUAAUGAAUUGAAAAAACAUAUAUCCACUGUUUUAGUAGCCAGAAAGCAGGAAAUAUUUAAUUAUCUUAAUACGUGGCACUUUUCAAAAAAAUUAAUCGUAGAGUCAUUUUUAUGGGAAACAAAACUAAUAUUAGGAGAUAGCUUUUUUCAAGGCAACUUAAAUCAAAUAAUUACUCUAAAAAUAUUUUACUCUAGCAUAAAUUUACGAAGCAAAAUAACUAUUGAAUUUAAAAAGAAACAACUUUAUCAUUUUAUAAGUCUUUUGGAGCAUAGUUUAUACAAAUAAAAAAUUUAUUGACCUCGAGUUGGUAAUAAAUGUGGUAUCUAUGAAU